CAGACUACUUCACCACAGACCAGCUCCACUGUGGAUGUUCAAGUCUUACCUCCUGGUCCAUUUGGAGGAUCCAAAACAGAAUCCUCCCAAAACACAACCAGAGAGACUUUACACAAAGGCAUCAGUUCAUGUUAUUUCCACUAGCGUGAACAGAGUAGAGGCCUGUCGUAGUCUGCAGCUAAACCAGCUGAGGUAUUCCAGAUAUCUGAGGAGGAUCCAAGCCAAAAAAUAUUUCUUCAACUGGAUUUGGAUUGUUUGUCCUGUUGGGACAAACAUUCUUCAAAGAUCUUCUUGCAGUCUAAAUUCCAAAGAUGGAUCUGCUACCAGAGAGUCUGCGUGCCCGUUCAAACAGCACAAGCAGUUCAACGUCUCAGGGCUCCAGGUCCAAGAUGGUCCUCCGGCAGCGUCUGUCCCAGCUGCUGACCUGCAUAGAAGACAUGAGCUCUGAUGAUGAAGCCAGUGAAGAAGUGUCUCACAAACUGGAUGAGGCGUUCCAGCUCUGCGGAUGCUUCAUUCCAACAGAUGCAUUCAGGCUGCACAUUGUGACCUGGAAUGUGGCCACUGCAGAGCCUCCUGACGAUGUCACCUCCUUGUUGCAGCUCGAUGUGCAGCCACCCACAGAUCUCUAUGUUAUCGGUCUGCAGGAGGUGAAUGCAAGUCCUCUAAGGUUCAUCUCAGACCUCAUUGUGGACGACUCCUGGAGCCAUGUCUUCAUGGACACACUGGCACCCAGAGGUUUUGUGAAGGUUACAUCAGUGAGGAUGCAGGGUUUGCUGCUGCUGUUGUUCACUAAACAGAUUCACCUUCCUUUCAUCAGAAAUAUCCAGACCACCUACACUCGCACCAGCAUCUUUGGCUACUGGGGGAAUAAAGGAGGCGUGUCGGUGCGUUUUUCCUUCUAUGGCCACAUGCUGUGCUUCCUCAACUGCCACCUAGCAGCUCACAUGAAGAAUGCCCUGGAACGAAUUGAUGAGUUCGAGCACAUUUUGGAAGUACAAGACUUUGACAUUUCUGACACAUCACAUGUCCUGGACCACAAGGUUGUCUUCUGGUUUGGUGACCUGAACUUCCGUAUUUCAGACCAUGGUUUGCACUUUCUGCGUUCGUCCAUCAACAGCGAACGCUUUAAUUUACUGUGGGACAAAGACCAGCUCAACAUGAUGAAAAGGAAAGAACCUUUCCUACAGGAAUUUGAGGAAGGCCCACUAACAUUUAAACCCACCUACAAGUUUGAUCGUCAUUCUGAUGUCUACGAUACCAGCAGUAAGAAGAGGAAGCCUGCUUGGACAGAUCGGAUUCUGUGGCGUAUGAAACCCAAAUAUCUACCACCAGAGAAUGAUGAUAAGUUGUUGACUUCUACUGAUGAUGAUCACGAGUAUCCCAUCACGGUUACUCAAGAUGAAUAUACCAGUGAUAUGAGCUAUGGAGUCAGUGACCACAAGCCUGUCAUUGCAACCUUCAGCGUGGAGCUAAGGAAGUACCUGGACACACCACUGGUCCACAUGUCUCCUGUGGGCGUGUGGAGCUCGGACCAGGAUGCACUUCUUAAUUAUACCGUCCAGGAAGACUUCAUGUCCUCCACCUGGGAUUGGAUUGGCCUAUACAAGGUGGGAUUUAAGAAUGCAUCUGAUUAUGAAACCUUUGUUUGGGUCAGAGAGGGCGAGCUGCCGCAGAUAAAUGAAGUCAUACAGAUAAAUGUGGAUAAGGAAAAAAUCCCUUUCCUGGGUGGACAGUGUGUUUUGGGUUAUUACAGCACAAACAUGCAAACCAUCAUUGGCCUCAGUGCUGACUUUCAGAUUCUACAGUCCAGGCUCACUGUCAAUGAAGACCUUGCUCCUGAGAUCAUCAACGGGCUGGACAAAUUAGACCAGAACUAAUGCAGCAGAUGUGUCACAUUGUCCUCCUCUGCAGGACUGGUUCAGAUUUUCAAAAUGUUGAAUAUCCAGUGGA